UGAGGGCGGGAAUUGGGCGGGCUGUACACUUGUACACCAUCUAGCCGUGCUGCCAGUCUCAACUCCUCCACUCAUUUGCAACAGCACUGAACAUCCCACACUGUUAUCAGAGGGAGGGAAGACACAAUAAUAUCUCCGCAAUAACUCGCUGAGGAGAAGUGCGCGGAGGAAAAAGCCUGCCCUGCUGUGACCGGGAACAUGGCGUGCCUGGGGACCUCCGGACAAGUCAGAUGAAGCACAGCACACAUGGGGCACACUAUUGUCUUCUGAAGCAAGACUAUGGACUGCGGGGCACCCAUGGUGCCACUUGUGUCCAUUUCCUAACAGGAAGUCCCUAUUGACUAGACAGGACAUUAUUGUGGAAGCCGGGAGGACACUUGGCAUUGGACACAAGACUCUCAGCACCUUCAGUGUCAUGCCAUUGACCAUGGAAGUUUGCCGUUGGAUGUUGGCGCUCCUAGGAGUAUCUACGUUUGUUCCAGGGUUUAGCACUAUGGCUACAAUUGGAUCUCAUCGGGAUAAAGCUUGUAACCCAAGAAUGGGCAAUUUAGCUCUUGGCCGGCACUUAUGGACAGAGACUACUUGUGGCAUUAAUGGUACAGAACUGUACUGUAUGUAUAAUCAGAAUCUACAUGGAACUUGCUCAGAGCCAAAAUGUGACAAGUGCAAUGCUGUGGUGCCCAGAUUUUCACACCCCUCCUCUGCAAUGGCAGACUCAGCUUUCAAAAUACCACGCACGUGGUGGCAGUCAGCAAGGGACACUCAGCGAGAAAUCAUACAGCUGAAUUUGGAAUCUGCUUUCUAUUUUACUCAUCUGAUCAUGGUGUUCAAGUCUCCUAGACCUGCAGCCAUGAUUCUGGAGAGGUCCCAGGACUUUGGCCUCACGUGGCGUCCAUAUAAAUACUUUGCUACAAACUGUACGACAACCUUUCAGAUGGAAGAUGAUGUUCAUGAGAAAGGAGCUCUUUGUACGUCACGAUAUUCACAUGUUCUUCCAUGCAAUGGAGGGGAGGUUAUUUUUCGAGCUAUGCCACCUUACUAUUCAACUGUGGAUCCUUAUAGUGAAGAAGCACAAGACAAACUAAAGAUCACUAAUCUCCGUGUUCAACUGCUGAAGCAACAGCUGUGUCCCUGCCACAACAAGGACUCAGACAUCAAACCGCAGUCUUUAGCCCACUAUGCUGUUUAUGACUUUAUAGUUAAGGGAAGCUGCUUUUGCAAUGGACAUGCAGAUCACUGCGUUCCAACUGAUGGAUUUCGACAAGCCCGGACAACCAGCAAACUCCAGGUGGCCCAUGGGCGAUGCAUUUGCAAGCAUCACACAACAGGUCUCCACUGUGAUCUUUGUACCCCCCUUUAUAAUGACCAGCCGUGGAGAGCAGCAAAUGGAAAAACAGGGGAGCCUAACAUGUGCAAAAAGUGUAAUUGUAAUGAGCACGCUGACAGCUGCCACUUUGACCUGGAUAUGUGGCUGGCAUCAGGGAACCGUAGUGGAGGAGUUUGUGAUAACUGUAAUCAUAAUACAGAAGGUAUUAACUGCCAGAGAUGCAAGCCCGGCUUCUUCCGAGACUGGAAUGUGCCAUUUUCUGCCCAGGAUGCCUGCAAAGCAUGUUCCUGCCACCCAGUUGGUUCAACAAAGCUUACCUCCACCACCUUUACAACCUGUGAUCCUCAAAAUGGAGAUUGUCCUUGCAAACCUGGUGUAGCCGGGCCUAGCUGUGACCGCUGUAUGGUGGGGUACUGGGGAUUUGGUGACUAUGGAUGCAGGCCAUGUGAUUGUGCUGGGAAUUGUGAUCCCUUUACAGGAGACUGUAUUAACAACAUGGAAAUAGACUGGUACCGAGAAAUUCCUGAAUACCUUUCUGUGUUUAAUGAGAGUGGACAGGCCUGGGAAUGGGAAGAUGAACAGGGAUUUUCAGCCCUUCGUCACUCAGGAAAAUGUGAAUGCAAGGAGCAAACAUUAGGAAAACCAAAAGUUUUCUGUGGAAUGAAAUACUCCUAUGUGCUGAAAAUAAAGAUACUGUCAGCCCAUGAUAGGGGCUCUCACGCUGAAGUGAAUGUGAAGAUUAAAAAGGUUUUGAAAAUGACAAAGUUAAAGAUCCUAAAAGGAAAAAGGACUCUAUAUCCAGAAUCAUGGACGAACCGUGGCUGCACAUGUCCUAUUCUAAACCCAGGUCUGGAAUACCUUGUUGCAGGGUAUGAAGAUAUACGCACUGGUCGCCUCAUUGUCAAUAUGAAAAGUUUUGUCCAGCCAUGGAAACCUGCCCUGGGCAAGAAAGUAAUGGAGAUUCUAAAAAAGGAUUGCGUAUGAAGAGAAAACAGAGCACUGAAAACAGGAAAAUAAAGAAGCCAUCCUAGGAUGAAAGUUUAAAUUACAGUGGACAGGGGGGAGAGUGCAAAAGCACCCUAAAAUAUCAGGCACUUGCGAUGAUGUAAUUCUUCAUCUGGCUGCUUUACAAGACGUACAUUUGCUUUGCUGCCAGAUAGAACUUCCUCUUUGUCAGUGUUCCGAUGGCGUUGUGAUGUUAUAAAACAAUGUGUCUUAUGGCCACUUGUGCAAGGUGAAUUCUCUAUUGUCAAUUUAUAUUACUGAAGGUACCAGAGAACAAAAAUUCAGACUUUUGACAUUGAGGAAGUGCUCCGAACGGCUUCCUUGAAAAUGUUGGUAAGGCCACCUGAUUCUUCAUAGGAUUAAUUGAAAAAUCAAUUGAAAAAUCCAGCAGAAGAUGGGGGAUGGAACUAGAUAUUAGGGAGAGAUCUCCUCACAAGAUCCUCCUUAAAUUGUAAAUAGUAUGUUCUACAAAGCACUUUACUAAUUGUUAAUGCCUAUUGCAAAAAUUCCCUUUUGCUUUUUUAUUUUUUAAACAGGACAAUGGGGUUUAGUAAGCUAUAGAACUGAACCCACACUAUAGACACCUUAAAAGGACUGUAUUGUAUGUGUUUUUAUAUUAUUUGUUGUCUUUAAAAGAUUUAUUUAUGUUGCAAAGCCAUUUCAUGACACAAGACAUAAAAUAUAAAAUGUGGACCUUUA